GAGAAACUUAACUUUGUAAUGUCAUUAGCGUCUUCUAAGCUACGAGUGGCCUUUCCGUUAAUCUACUAAUGUAUAGAAGCCAAAGAAUGGAGAAUAAGAUAUCGCAUUUCGUGGGAAACUUGGAGUAAGUCGACAACAGACGAAGACCUGCAAUAGUCCACUUGAUUUGUCAGCUUUAGCCUUGGGGCACUUAAACUGAGACAGGAAACCAUAUAGAGAACGUGCAGCGCUUAAAAGACCAUAGAUACUGAGGUAUGGCGCCGAGAAAACUCCUUCUCUUCGAAUGGGUCUGUUUGUUCCUUGUUCUUGGGAAAGCACUUGGAAAACACCAGAACGAGAACGAUUACGAAUGUAAAGAAAUCUUGGACCAAGCGUCACGCUUUGCUCCGAGUAACGCUAUUGUCACGCAUUGCUGUUCUGGUAAAGGAUUACGUUACCAGUGUAUCAAUGGAUACCAGCUGGUCAGCGGUAACAAAGAGAGACAUUGCCAAUAUGGAAAUCUAACUGGCACAGAGCCAAGAUGUGAAUUCCCUAAAGUGACCACGUGUGGUAACCCUGGYCCUGUUAUGUACGGUUAUUUCAUCGGCUCAAACUUCAACAUAUCAAGUCGAGUCAWGUACAAGUGUUAUAAUGGCUUCAUCAUGCAUGGACACUCGCACAGGACUUGCUUGGAGAACGGACUGUGGAGCGAGCCUCCAACAUGCGAAUUUGACGAUGAAUCAGCUCUAGACAUUGAAACAGCCACGGAAGUCAUCGGCAACAAUUUACUACAAAGCCUAUACGAGACAAAAUGUUCRGGGCCUGGGCCUAGCUGUCAAUCAACAUCGUCGUCAAGGCGACGUAGAGCUCUUGACGCGAACCAUGCCGGUGGACUUGACUUGGUAUUCAUGUUUGAUGGCUCGAGUUCCAUYAAGAAGGAUGGAUUUGUAAUGGGGUUGAGAUUUGCGCAAGAACUUGUGCGUAUAUUGGACGCGACUGGAAGACAAAUGUGGUAUCAGCAACACCAAACCUAAAUCACGAASUAUUCGAGGGAACAAAGCUGCUAGUGGAGCAUGGCCGUGGCAGAUUGGAAUCUAUUGGGACAAAGCUCGUUCUCCAAUAUGUGGCGGUGCUUUGAUCGGUGACCAGUGGGUCUUGACGGCUGCUCACUGUUUUUACUCGAGCGCUCGUAAAGCUAUAACAUGGCCACCAUGGAGGUAUACCGUAGUAGCGGGCGACCAUCAAGAGACAAGAAAACAGAGAGAAAACGCCAAACAAAUGGCUCCAGUUGCUAAAAUCUACGUCAACAAGAACUUCCGUUACCAUACGAACCAGAACGACAUCGCGCUUGUCAAACUACAGUACAAGCUUAAGAUAGGCAAACACGUUAGAGCUGUGUGUCUGCCUAGUAAUUUUAGAGGUAAAAAGACUUCGGAUGCAGGGAAGCACGGGUUUGUGACCGAGUGGGAUCGCCCCGAUGUCAAUGUCGAUGGCUCAAGAUCAAAGACCAAACGUAGGAACAGGUCGCGAGUUCUUGUUCACACCGCUCUAGUGAUUUCACCCCCACAGCAGUGCUUCAACAUGACGUCCAAGCCGUUUAAUUCAACUCUUAUGUUCUGCGCGAUGGAUAGGAAGAGCUUMAAGCAGAACUGUCGGGGGGACGGUGGAAGUGCGUUUGUCAGUGAGAAGUAUGAUCAAAGCACACGUGAUUAUAGAUGGUCUAUCGAUGGUCUGGUGGGCUGGGACGAGAAAUGUGGUACUGAUAAACACCAUAGAUUCUUCACGCGCGUCAAUCCUUAUGUUCAUUGGAUAAGAAAGGUCACGAGGGAACAAGGACGGUUCUGAUUCGUCCACUGCAAAUGAAAAGUCAAUAUAAUUGGUUGGUCAGUGAAGUGCAUGGUAGCUGUGCUGUGAUUGGUUGGUUCUAGCCAGUMAAUGAUUGGUUGUUUUUGGAUGAUAAAACAUUUGCGACUUUUCGCAAAAUGAACAAUUUUGAUCUGUUCCAGGUUUUCAUAGUGGAUUUUUAGGUAUUGAACAAUAUUGAUACAUGGAAGACAUGCCAAAGAACCUUGCCACUAUGAACUAAACAUGACGAAGUACUUGAACAAGGUGUUUAUGGCUGACAAGAUCUUGUAAAUUAUCAAUAUAUAGCAACAGAGAAAAUAGGAAGUUUUUCAUUUUUGAUUGAAAACAAUUGCCUAAGAUAGGUGUUUUAACGUAAGCAAUCGGCUGAAAACCAAUUAAAUUCCCCGCCAUGUUGGCUGACAAUGCAAAAUAGCAUUUGAAAAUUCUUUUGUUAUAGUCAUCCAACAUGGCGGCUAUCUAGUGCAUAAAUGUCACAGCUAUGACGUCACGUGCAUGAAUAGAACGAAAAAUAAAUAUGACGUCAACUAUGUAGAUAGUGUGAAGUCAUAUACACAAACUUGGAGGUUAUUACGUCACAUGUAAUAAAAAUUGUAGGUAUGACGUCACGUAUAUGAACAUGGCGACUAUGACUUCACAUAUUGAGCAUGAAAUUUAUGACGUCAUGUUGGCUAUGACGUCACACUAGUCGCUUUUGAUAUUCUUUUCGUAGGGUGGAUAGAUUCAUUUGAUAGAUAGAUAUUUCUAUCAUAAACUAGUUAGAAAAAGUAGACAAAGAGAAUACAAAUAUUAUUCAUACAUUUAAUGCUUUAGAAAGAAUACACGUCAUUUAUAAUGUA